GCGGCACCGCUCCGACAUCGCUCCGGCAUCGCUCUGACACCGCUUCUUCCCUCCCGACAGCUGCACGGUCAAUGCUAUGAUCGUAGCGGAGAUCCUGAAAUACGGGUCACAGCCAUGCUGGAGCUGGGAUCCCCCCUGGAGAUGAUUCAGCUCCUGCAGACCCCCUGGGAGGAGCGAUUUAAAAUUUGCCUGAGUCUUGUGAAACUGCUGUUUUACUUGGCACAUUCCCCCCUGGGUUCAAUAGUCCUCUUGGAUUUCCAGCCGAGGCAGUUUGUUAUGGUGGAUGGAAACCUAAAAGUGACAGACAUGGAUGAUGCCAGCACUGAGGAACUGUCAUGCAAGGAAGAUAAUGACUGCACACUCGUCUUCCCUACAAAAAGCUUCCCUCUCAAAUGCUCUGCGGUUGGGAAGUGUGAAGGAAUAAAUGAAAAGAAGAAUCUUUUCAAUGCAUAUCGGUAUUUUUUCACCUAUCUUUUGCCACACUCUGCACCACCAGCUUUGCGUCCCUUUUUGAGUGAUAUUCUGAAUGCAACAGGUGAUUUACGAUAUGGAAUAAAUGAAACCUUGCAAGCUUUUGAAAAGGUUUUACAUCUAUACAAGUCCGGGCUCUAUCUGCAGAAAAGACCUCUACUUUUAAAAGACUACAUCUCCCUAAAGGGCUUCCGAACAGUGGAAGGAGAAGACUACAAGUGCUGGCCCUCCUACAGCCACCUGGGAUGCCUGCUCUCUGUUCACGGCGCUGAGGAAGCUGCUGCAAUUUGUAACUCCCAAUCGCAGUGUCAAAGUUUUAUUGUCACCCAACAGAGGACAUGGACAGGACGCCCACUCGCCUCGUUUCAGAGUAGCCUGACUGAUUUAAUACCGGAUGCUGACGCUGUAGUCUAUAUUAAACGAUCAGCUUCCUCAGGGGAAAGACUUUAAAGACAACAAGAUCACAUAAUAUGAUCCUGGGAGGAACAAACCACUGGGGAGAAUUUCAUCUGCUGAAAAGAAAGACAUAUUUUAUUUUGCUUUGGGAUGGGAUCUCCCUGCCAGCUCAGAGUCAAAUGCUGCUGUCUCCUUGAUAAAAGCUCAGAUUUCUCAUUGCAGCCCCGCUAGCUUUUUUAUCUGUUCCCACACUGCUGUUCUGCCUAAAUGCUCCCAGUUUUAGUCAAAUGUCGCUAGACUGUGCAAUACCUAGGUUUGCUCUGCUUUGGUAACCAGCUUGUCAGCCAAGAAAUAGGAAUAGCUGCAAGGGAUCUGGCUUGGGUAGGCUUAGUUAGUUCCGUCACCUCUGAAAACCUAUGGAUAAUACGCCUUGGAGAAGGCAACAGCUCCUUCUGCAGCUGCCUGCCAGGAUUUCAUACCACUGCUAAUGUAAAGGACUGGGUUUCAGAUGGGGCCAAGGUUGCAGGGUUGUGAUCCGUAACCAGAGGUUGAUGAUGGGGGUGGUCUUCCAAGGAGGGUGCUGAUUCAGUUCCUUCCAGGGCAGGGGAGGGAGGUGGUAUAUAGGUCAACUCUGGAACCAAAUGUGUGCAUGUUUGGAUGCAGGAUUUGGGUUUGACCCCACAAGAUUUGUAAUGCCAGCUCCCAUGUAUCAACCUUGAAGGUUUUUCUUUGUUACUUUCCAUGAAAGAGUGAGACAUUCAAAUUAUUUAUGUGUAAGGUGUGACUCUGUAUGAUAAAGAAUGACUAUGUUUAUUCUAA